GUCUGGCGGAACAGCGGGCAUCGAGUCAACUGGCGGAACAGCGGGCACCGAGUCACUGCGGGCACCGAGUCGUCUGGCGGAGCAGCGGGCAUCGAGUCGUCUGGCAAGACUGCGGGCACCGAAUCACCAGGCACGACAGUGGGCUCUGACUCAAUUGGCACGACAGCGGGCACCGGGUCAUCAGGUACCGGAUUGUCUGGAUCAACAGCGGGCAUCGAGUCAACUGGCCUAAUAGGAUCGUCAGGCUGGAUCAGUUUUCAUCAUGCUGGUCGAGGCAUCACGGCUGAAUGCAGGCGUCCGCUGAGUAGAGGCUUCAGGCUGAGUAGAGGCUUCAGGCUG